GUGCCCGAGUUUAUUUUUGCUUAUUUUUUCCAUAAAUUAUACAAAAGAGCAGUGAUGAUAGACUGGAAGUGGUGAAAGAGCUUCUCACGCAGUCAACAAUGAAGCAUUUCUACCUUAAGGGGAAUAAGUCGAGAGCUGGAGGGAUGUGAGCCUGCGUGUUCUGAGGGAAGUGAAGUAAGCGAUGUGGGUGUGUAUGCUACUGUGCUUAGUGACGACACAGGGCUCAGAUGGCGGUGGAACGCUCACUCGCGUCAUCUCAACGCGUUUCGGUAAAGUGCAAGGCUUCCUGCGGCCGAUGGGAGCGGGGAGGCACCUCAAGCCGAUCGAAGUGUACCUCGGAGUGCCUUACGCCACCCCGCCCACAGGGUCCAACAGGUUCAGCCCCACCCGCACAGCGGCACCUUGGGAAGGUGUCAAGAUGACAGAUAAAUUCGGGCCGGUAUGCCCUCAAAAGCUGCCGGAUAUCAGGAACGAGACGGCUGCUUUGGAACGCAUGCCUCGCGGCCGUCUGGAAUACCUCAAGAGGCUGCUGCCAUACCUUCAGAACCAGAGCGAAGACUGCCUCUAUUUGAAUAUCUACGCUCCUUCUCAAGGGAUCGACCGGCCUCACAAAUGCCCGGUGAUCGUCUAUAUUCACGGGGAGUCUUAUGAGUGGAACUCCGGCAACCCUUACGACGGAAGUGUCCUGGCGUCGUAUGCAGAUCUCGUCGUUAUCACCCUCAACUACAGGCUCGGAAUACUCGGAUUCCUCAAUGCGAACAUUGCUCCGCAGUUGAAAGCCCGAGUAGCCAACUAUGGAUUAAUGGACCAAGUUGCAGCAUUGCACUGGCUACAGCAGAACAUCGCGCUUUUCGGCGGUGACCCUAGCAACGUAACCAUGGUCGGCCACGGCACCGGAGCCGCAUGCAUUAAUUUUCUCAUGAUCUCGCCAACUGUGAUGCCAGGCCUUUUCCACCGAGCUAUCCUUCUCUCCGGUUCUGCACUGAGCAGCUGGGCGUUGGUAGAAGACCCAGUGGACUUCGCCGUCAGGCUGGCGAAGCACGUUAACUGCACCGUACCGGAGGACUUGUACCGCGAACACGAAUCGAUAGUCGACUGCCUUAAGGACGUCUCGUUGGCGGAUUUGAUGAGCGCGGAUAUAACUGCGCCGGCUUUCCUCAGCGCCUUCGGCCCCAGUGUCGAUGGCGUCGUUAUAAAGGCGGAUUUUCACGAAAACCUCUGGACCAAUUUUCUCCCCGAGAUGACCGGCUUCGCGCCGCAGCAGUCGAUGAACGUGAAACGUUCUGGUGACUCCAUCACCGGCUCGAUCAAAUACGACCUGCUCUUCGGGGUCGUCACGUCUGAAAGCAUGUGGAGGUUCUCCUCCAACGACAUCCAGGCCGGGUUCGAGGGCGAGCGGCGUGAUAAAAUCCUGAGGACGUACGUCCGAAACGCCUACACCUAUCACCUUUCCGAGAUAUUCUUUACCGUCGUGAACGAGUACACUGACUGGGAACGGACGGUCCUCCACCCGAUCAACACUCGGGACGCUACGGUCGCCGCGCUCAGCGACGCCCAGUUCGUCGCUCCGGUCGUCGCCACAGGGGAUCUCUUGAGCAAACCGAUGCACUCUUCCUCUCCAAAGACGCACCGUUCAUUCUUUUACGUUUUCGACUAUCAGACCAAAGACGGCGACUACCCUCAGAGAAUGGGAACGGUUCACGGGGAAGAACUUCCUUACAUGCUCGGUGCACCGCUUGUUGACGGCUUCAGCCACUUCCCUAAGAAUUACACCAAAUCCGAGGUGGCUCUCUCCGAAGCUGUAAUAAUGUACAUUAGCAAUUUCGCCAAAACUGGGAACCCGAAUGAUUUCCAGACGAAAGACACCAUCUUAGCCGGCUCCAAAGAGAGGAACCGUUUCAGGAGCAUAAACUGGGAAGAGUACGAUCCGGUUCACCAGAAAUAUCUUGAAAUAGGAAUGAAACCGAAAAUGAAGAAUCACUUCAGAGCCCAUCAGUUGUCGGUGUGGCUCAGGCUGAUUCCAGAAUUACACAGGGCGGGCAUGGAAGACGUCGUCGCUAGGCACAACUUGUUCCGAAAUCACAACGACGACGACUUGUACGACGGGAUCGUGAGGGCCGAUCCUCUGUCCAGGAACGGCCUGAAAGCUCAAGAAAUGCAAAGGAGAUCUGGGAUGAACGGAACAGUCGCCGAGGUACUGCUGCCGGUCACGACCAUGGAAACGAUGGUGACCACAUGCGUCAGUGUACAGAUCAACCAGGGCUACGUCAACCAACACGUCUCCAACACGACGGACACCCUUGCCAGCUUAGAGGCGGCCGGCUACGCUGCGUAUUCCACCGCGCUGAGCGUCACUAUCGCCAUCGGAUGCAGCCUCCUCAUACUUAACAUUCUCAUAUUCGCCGGGGUCUACUACCAGAGGGACAAGACGAGAAUGGAUGUGAAAAACAUGCAACAGAGGGUUUCAAGUUUCGAGUCAGGGAAAAGUUUUCCCCCUUCGGCCUCGGUGAUCGUAGACGUGGACGAUUCCGUGAUCCUGACCGGCGGGACUCUGCCAAGAUCGCACGCCACCGUGGCGCAGCACCAUUCUUUGGCGACUCUGCCCAGGCAGGUGAAGACGGCGGAAAUGCCGCCAAACGGCUCGGCCGGUCUCCACCUACCGCGUCCCCCGCCACCACCCAGGAACAAAUCACCCCCGGAAUCGCAGCCACUUCUGAACCAGGACCCCGGUAAACAAGGGAAACCGCCCCUCAGGGUGCCUCAAGCUGCCAUUUCGGAAAUGAGGGUCUGAUAAAGCUCAUCUUUCCUUCUAAACGUGCUAAAUGUUUCGAUUUUGUUUUCCUUACGAGUACCCGUUUUCAAAUAUUAAUGAAGUUUCAUGAAACAAUGAAAACCAUGACGUAAAACAGAAAGUUUUAAAAUAAAUUUUACUAUUGUCUCACCGAUGUACGAAAACUCAUACUAAAAAGAUACGACAAUAAAAUGUUUUAGUAUUUUUGUUCAACAAAGUAGGACUUGAUAUUCAAAUAUUGGGUUAAAACGAGUGUAAUUUUUCACGAGUUCUUAAAGUUAUCUACGAAAUAAUCGUAUUUUAUCUACAGAAUAUGUAUUAUUGAUUAAACAAUUGUUCGUAUUUAUAUCUGGAGUUAGUAGAUUCCAUACUAUUAAGGUUUUAAAACACAAUAUCAAAAUUUAAACAUAUGCUGAUUUAUUGUUUUGGAAAACAGGUUUAUAAUAUCCAAAUCAAAGUUAUACCGUUUUAGGAUGAUAUAGCAAUGUACGGAUAAGUAAGUAGACAAUCAAAUAUUUGAAUAUUUUAAAUACAUACGUUUUUUUUUUUUUUAAAUUACGGACAUGAAAUUUAGACUUUUUCAUUUUGCCAAACUUUGUUGAACUUUGGUAAAAGCCAAAUGGAAAUACGUAAUUAUUGAAGAGCCAAUCGAUCAGACAUUGCAGUCUAAUUUAUCCUAAUUUUAUUCCCGAACUUCUAAGUUAAAACUUUUAUUCGGUUAAGAUUAUGUUACGACGAUGAUGUUUCAUUAAUUGAAAAACUUUGAUUACAUUAUUAUUUCGACAAU